CCUAUAUUAACAAUAUCAACAUUACUGCCUUAACAACAAAAUAAUAAUUACCUAAUAUACUAAAAUAAAUUUACAUGAAUAUCCGCCAUUUUGCAGAAGAAUAUUAUAGCCCAAUAAAAUGUGUACCAGCUCACAUCAGUUUAUACUUCUUUGUGUAUCUAGAGGAGAUCAAACGCAUUACUUUGAACACGUACAGAAGUAUACUAUUCUACUUCAGUUCUUACUUUUAUUGUUGGAGAUAAGAUAACAGGUAACGAAGAGAUUCAUUUAGUAUAAUUCAAGCUGCAACCAGCAUGGUUGGACAAUUAAGCUUAACGAUAAUAUCCGUGAUAAUUAAUAUCGUAGAAUAUGCAAGAGGAGACAACUUAUGGUGCUUCGACUGCAACACCGAUUUAAGUAAUGGCCACACGAGAGAAUGCAACGAUCCUUAUAUUCCUGCGCCAUAUUACGACCUGGUACUUUGUCCUCAAAAUGAGUCUCAACACUGUCUCAAAGGUGUCAUUGAGUAUAGGGACAUCCUGGUGACGGUACGUGGUUGCGUGCCAUCACGUGAAAUUGACGGAUACUGCAAACACGAGAAAUAUUUUCCGGAAUCCAACAUCGUGUGCUCGUUUUGUAACGAUUACGCUUGUAAUAGCCAACAAUCUCUUUAUUUAUUUAUUCCACAUAGUUUGCUAGUCUAUUUGUCCUUAGUUUUUCUGUUACUGUACAUCAAAUAACAUGUUUGCCAUAUUUUACGUCGAAGAACAUACAUGAUACUUGUUUUCAUUGAUAAUUAUAUUGGUAAAUUAAUAGAUAGCAAUUUUAUGUAUUUUCUUGUGAAUUUUUGGUGGAUUAUUUUUAAUGUAUUUAUGUGUUGAAUUAUUUGAUUCGAAUUGUUUAUGUUUGUUCGAUGAUAUAUGUAUAGUAUAGUGAUGUACCGUAUGUACGUGUACCAUAUGUGUACCAUAUGUACAUAUGAUAUGUAUGUAUACUAGAUUUAUUUGACAAUGUGCAUUAUGUAGAUUUAUAUAUAGUCAACAUAUUAAAUAUUUGUUGUUUAUAAAUUUGUACUUCAAGGAUUAUAA